AUGCCAGGACAAACCCUGCCAACGUUUACACCGGUUCAGGUGGAAUCUCACAACAACGCCAAAUCGUGCUACAUCACGAUCGGUCGGAAUGUCUACGACGUGACAGACUUCGUGGAAGACCAUCCAGGCGGUGGCGAUUUGAUACUGGAGUACGCCGGCAAAGAUGUGCGGGAGAUAAUGAAGGAUGAGAUUUCUCACGAACACUCCGAGGCGGCUUACGAGAUUUUGACCGAUUAUCAUGUCGGCUUCGUCUCUUCCGUGGCAGUUGGAAAGUCCGAGGCCACAAGCCAGGAUCGUGAGGGUGCCCCUGGGCAGCCCGUCUACGCCAGCACGGGAAUGUCGCGGGAGGAGGAUUUGUCGGUUGAUACGGACUACACCCAGGACUACAAGACGUACAAGUUCCUUGAUCUCAACAAGCCACUUUUCGCACAGCUGUGGUACGGCGAUUUCUCCAAGGACUUUUAUCUCGAGCAAAUCCAUCGUCCCCGCCACUAUAAGGGUGGUGAUUCCGCUCCACUCUUUGGCAACUUCCUCGAGCCUCUUUCGAAGACUGCCUGGUAUGUGGUUCCGCUCAUCUGGCUGCCUUGUGUAUUCUAUGGCACGGUGGUCGCAUCGAAGGGUCUAGGCGAUGCCACACCUGCUGCUGCGUACUGGGCCGGUGGUGUGUUCAUUUGGACUUUGGUUGAGUACCUUUUGCACCGGUUCCUUUUCCACCUUGAUAAAUGGCUCCCGGACAAUCGAGUCGGGUUGACUCUCCAUUUCCUGCUCCACGGAAUUCACCAUUACCUGCCUAUGGACCGUUACCGGCUGGUCAUGCCCCCAACACUCUUCUUGAUUUUGGCUUGGCCCUUUUGGAAGCUGGCUCAUGCAGUCUUCUUCUACAAUUGGUUUGCGGCAACACAGGUCUUCUGUGGUGGUGUCUUUGGCUAUGUCUGCUAUGACCUGACGCAUUACUUCAUCCAUCAUCGCAACCUUCCCAUGCAUUAUAAAGAGUUGAAGAAGUACCAUCUCGCGCAUCACUACGCCGACUACGAGAAUGGGUUCGGUGUGACUAGCCGAUUCUGGGAUAAGAUCUUCGGGACUGAGUUGGAAACUUCAGUACCGAAAGGAGUCAAGAUUCAGUAG